UCUGAAACAAACAAUAUUAAGCAAUACUUAGAUUAAAUACAUACUAUUAAUAAAAUGAACAUGGCAACUAACGUUAUUAAAUUGAAUAAUAGUAUCCAUAAUGUAAAUAACACUAAUCAGUCAUUUGCAAUAGAGCGCUCAUUUCAAAUACGGAAAAGGUACAGAAAUACGGGACGUUUAACAUCAACAUCAACAUCAUCUGCAUUAGCACUGCUUGCGUUUCUUUUCUUCUUAAACAUGUUACAGAGAUCGCUGGAUGAUAACAAACAACAAGGACCAGUAGUUAUGACACGCACAACCACGCCACCAGCUAUACCGCGCAAUGAGGCAGCAAUAACUGAGAAUAUUCAUUCAGUAACUACUGCUAAUAGUAUAUAUGUUACAAAUUCGGAAAGUAAUUUUAUAAGAUAUAAAAAAAAUUAAGUAUUUGGUUAAUUAAACAAUAACAGAGAAUGCUUACCAAAUA